CCACGUCACAAAAGGCCUCCUGCGCGCCCUCUGGCGGCCCGCUAGAGAAUCACGCUUUCUAGGAAUCCCGAGAAGGAAAGUUGCUGCUAAUUUUGCCUGCGACUCCUCCUGGCGGUAGCCCCCUGAAUCACUGCCAUUCUCAAUGGCCCACAUCUAUCUGUGGCUGGUGGCAGGGGCCAUGCUCGGCUCCAUCCCUGCUGGCUCUCUUGAGGAGGGCAUACGUUGGCUCAAUAUAAGAAACAACAAGAAAGUUUUACUUCUUUUGUAUCAACUGCAAAGGAUCCCCCCUUACAAGUGCCUGGAAGACAGAAGCAACUUCAAAUUUCCUUGGACUCCGGAGGAAAUCCUCCAAAUGAAGAAGACACAACGCACCUGUCUUCACCACACGAUGCUCACGCAUAUCUUAACUGCCUUCGCAACAAAGCACAGCUUUGCUGAAUGGGACCACGACCACCUCUCUGAAGUCCUGUCCAUCCUUCAUCGGACCCUGGAGGGGCUGGAGAGCCAGGCGAAAGAGGAAGGAAACAGGCUGGCUUGCGCCAAGGUGAGAAGUCUCAUCCGGAGGUACUUUCAAGGAAUCUACCAUUACCUGGAAGAGAAGAAAUACAGCUCCUGUGGCUGGGAGGUCGUCUUAGUGGAAAUGAUGAAACGCCUUGGGACAAUGUAACAAUCCUCAAAGGAAAGUCAACAAAUUCAGAAUAAAUUUCUAUGGUGACUGACUCUCUCUCUCUCUCUCCACUUGCAGUGUUUGCUGAGCCCCCAAACAAUCUCCACUCACA